ACGAUGCGUAUCUACUGACUGGCCUGAACAUAGAGGAGAUUUACCCGGAGACAAAUAGUUUUAUCACAUAUGAUGGAUCAAUGACCAUCCCUCCAUGCUUCGAGACCGCCACAUGGAUCCUGAUGAACAAGCCGGUGUACCUCACUCGCAUGCAGAUGCACUCCUUGCGGCUGCUGAGCCAGAACCAGCCGUCUCAGAUCUUCCUGAGCAUGAGCGACAACGUCCGCCCGGUCCAGCCGCUCAACAACCGCUGCAUCCGCACCAACAUCAACUUCAGCAUGCAGGGCAAAGACUGCCCCAACAACAGGGCUCAGAAGCUCCAGUACCGAG